UCAAAAAGUUCCAUUUAUGAAAAUUUCGAGAUACUACAAAAUGCUGGCGUCUUUUGGACUUUGGAGCCCUCCAAUCAAACAAAAACCGGCUUCAAUUUUCAAUUUCUUUUUCAAAUCUUAAUUAUACAGGCAGUUCUUUCUCACUUCACUGGCUCACACUCUCUCCCUCACACUAAAUUCUUCUCUUUUCGAUUUUCUCGAAGUUCAUCAUCUACUUCCAGCUCCAGGUUUCGCCGCGAUUUUGCUUUUAGAGCAUAACCAAAAACUGAGAGAAAAUAGUGGAAGAGAAAGGAAAAGAAUACCCGAGAUUGUCUUGACGAGCUGCUAAGAAAAGUUGAAGCUCUGCGGAGAAGAUGGUGAAACAUCGGUUGAGAGAUUCUAUGAAAUCUUUAUUUAAAAGCUACAUCGACCCUGAAAAGGAAGCGCAGCUGAAAGGAGCUAAAGGAGAAAUUCAAGAGAAGGUGAAAAGAAUAUUGAAACUUGUUAAAGAUGAACAUCUUGAAGAGGAUGAUGCUCCAUUAGAACUUUCUAAGAAGGAAUCACUUGUUAAAUUGAUAGAGGAUUUCCACAGUCAAUACCAAUCACUCUAUGCAAAGUAUGAUAAUCUAACAGAUGAGUUGAGGAAAAAGAUCAUUGGCAAGAAAGGAAAGGAGAGUUUUUCUUCCAGCUCAGACUCGGAUUCUGAUUAUUCUUCAAUGGACAAAGACAGCAAAAAUGGACAACUGGAAAAUGAAUUUCAAAAGACAAUUAAUGGCAUGAAGCAAGAACUUCGAACAGCACAGAUGGAAGUUGCGGAAUUAAAUCAGAAGUUGACAGUGACAAGUGAAGAGAAACAGGAUCUAAUGAAGAAACUUGAAAGUACUGAGAAUGAGUCGUCUUCUAAAAUAGCAGAUUUGUCAUCUCAAAUAAACAAUCUGCUGGCCGAAAUGGGUAAACUACAUGCUCAGAAAACUGAAACGGAGGAAGAGAUGAACAAAGCUACAGCACAAAUGAUGGUGCUCACUACCCAAGUUAACAACCUGCAAAGAGACUUACUAUUGUUGCAGAAAGAGAAAGAAGAACGAGAAAAUGCAUAUGAGAAGUUAAAUGAAGAGUAUGUGCAAGUAGAUAAUUGGUAUAAGGAAUGCAAGGCGAAACUAGAAGCGGCAGAGAAGAAGAUCCAAGUAAUGACAGAAGAAUUUCAUGAAGGCAUUGGCUCAAAGGACCAGAUGAUAGCAGAUUUGGAACAAACAACAGAAGACUUGAAAAGAGACCUUGAAGAGAAAGGAGAUGAAAUUAAUACUUUACAUGAGAAUAUUAGCAUCCUUGAGGUUAAGCUUCGUAUGUCAAACCAAAAGCUCCGGGUUGCUGAUCAAUUGCUAAGUGAGAAAGAGGAGGGCUUCAGGAAAGCAGAAGAGAAGUUCCAUAACGAUCAGAGAUCACUUGAAGAGAGGAUUGCCAAAUUGUCAGCAACUAUUGCUAUUCAGGAGGAUGCUUAUCAGGAAAUUGUGUUUGGCAUUAAAGAAAGUGUGAACAGUGUGAUGACUGGAACCAAAAAUAUUAUGUGGAAAUUUGAGGAUGAGUGUAAAAAUUAUGAGAACUAUAUCUCAAACAUGUCACAUGAGCUUCACAUUGCAAGGAACUUUGUCAGGGAGAUGAACAAGGAAAAAGUGCAACUGAAGGAGAAAAUAAACCAUUUGGAGGAGCAACUACAGGAUAAAAAGAAGCAGGAGUUGGAUUUGAGGCAGAUGGUGAAGAAGUUAGAUGAAAAGGCAAGAGAGGAGGAACUAGCGAAGAAGAAUCUAAGGACAAAUGUUUUUCAACUUGAGAAUACUAUUGGAGAGCUACAAAAAUUGGUGAAAGAGAAAGACCAAGGUAUAUUGAAGUUGGCUGAGGAGAAGAGGGAGGCCAUUAGGCAGCUGUGUCUGGGAAUCGAUUAUCAUCGCAGUCGUUAUAACACUCUCAUGGACGUUGUAUCAAGGACUCGCAGAGGCUAGAGAGCAAUAUAAUAAAUCCAGGUUAUUCUUUUACAAACCAAUGCCGGAUUUAUGUUAUAUACCAAUAUUUGAACUUUAAUCAGUUCGUUAUUCCCCCAAAUAUUUGUGAUCCGUUUGCAGAAUGAGUCACCGUGUAGAAAGUUAGUGUUCUUGUUUUCUCCCUCUUUUAUUGCCUCCGCAGUCCGUACUAUUCAAAAGCAUGGUGGCCAAUUUUCUAUAUAUCGAAAUCCCGUUAAACCAU